AUGAUGUCAGGCGAACCCCUGCACGUGAAGACCCCCGUCCGUGACAGCAUGACCCUGUCCAAAGUGGCUGGUACCACCGUCUAUCUCAAGAUAGACAGUGCCCAGCCCUCCGGCUCCUUCAAAAUCCGGGGCAUCGGACACUUCUGCAAGACGUGGGCUGAGCGAGGCUGUGAACACUUUGUCUGUUCCUCGGCAGGCAACGCAGGCAUGGCAGCUGCCUACGCGGCCAGGAAGCUGGGCAUUCCCGCCACGAUCGUCGUGCCCAGCACCACGCCUGCCCUCACCAUCCAGCGGCUCAAGAAUGAGGGCGCCAUGGUCAAGGUGGUGGGUGAGACAUUGGAUGAGGCUGUCAAGGUGGCCAAGGCCCUGACGAAAAACAACUCAGGCUGGAUCUACGUCCCUCCCUUCGAUGACCCCCUCAUCUGGGAAGGCCACUCUUCUAUCGUGAAGGAGCUGAAGGAGACGAUGAGCGCAAAGCCGGGGGCCAUUGUGCUGGCGGUGGGGGGUGGAGGGCUGUUGUGCGGAGUGGCCCAGGGGCUGGUGGAGGUGGGCUGGGGGGACGUGCCCAUCAUCACCAUGGAGACCAUCGGAGCCAACAGCUUCCACGCUUCCACCAAGGCCGGCAAACUUGUCACCCUGCCCCAAAUCACCAGUGUUGCCAAAGCCCUGGGCGUGACCACUGUGACAGCACAGGCUAUGAAGGUGUUUCAGGAACACCCCAUUUUCUCUGAAGUUGUCUCGGACCAGGAGGCUGUGGCCGCUGUUGAGAAGUUUGUGGAUGAGGAGAAGAUCCUGGUGGAGCCCGCCUGUGGGGCAGCCCUGGCCGCCAUCUACAGCAACGUGGUUCAGAAGCUGCAAGGAGAGGGGAAGCUCUGUACCCCACUGUCCUCCCUCGUGGUCAUCGUUUGUGGGGGCAGCAACAUUAGCCUGGCCCAGCUGCCGGAGCUCAAGAAACAGCUGGGCAUGAAGAGCGGGCUGCCCCAGUGA